CGCCAGUCUGCUUACCACCACCUUUUCACCCGACGAAGAAGGAGAAGUUCGAGCCGAGAUGUCGUUGUUAGAUGAAAUAAAGCGGUUUAUUGGUUUUAUAUCGAUUUGAACAGCUGAAUUCUUUUGUAAACCGUCUCUAAGGUUCCUCAGCACUAUUUUCCGCCGAGGCCCGAAAGCGGAGUGGAAGCUCUUCUCUCUGUUUCCCGGCGGAGAGAGCGAAGCCGCUGUAGAGGGAUUUCACUGCGCUUAGCUGAGCGGCUAAGCGGAGCUCAGCGCUCCUAAAAGUUCCUAAAACAAACAAACCGACUGACUAACAAACCCCUAAGAAGCUAUGACCGCGUCUGGAGGGGUCACCUGUCUGCCCACCAAAGGGCUGGACAUCAGUCUGGCCGCUCUGCAGAGGCAGGACCCUUAUAUCAACAACAUUGUGGACGUAGCGAGCCAAGUAGCCCUUUACACCUUCAACAACGAAACCAACGAGUGGGAAAAGACGGACGUUGAGGGCACUUUGUUUGUGUAUACGAGGCUCGCUUCUCCCAAACACGGCUUCACCAUCAUGAACCGUCUCAGUAUGGACAACCUGACAGAACCCAUCACCAAGGACCUAGACUUCCAGCUCCAGGACCCCUUUCUGCUCUACCGGAACGCCCGCUUGUCCAUCUACGGGAUCUGGUUCUACGAUAAGGCAGACUGCCAGCGCAUCGCAGAACUGACAAAAAAUCUGACCAGGCAGGAGCAGCAGCUGCACACUCAGACUCAGACUAGCGGCUGGGUGUCUCCACAAAGGCUGGAGUCCAAAGAGGGGAAAGGAGUGGACAUUCUGCAGAUGCUCACCAAGGCACGCGACGAGUACGACAAGGGUAAGCUUAGCUCUGAGCCUAAGGAAAUUGGCAGUGGAGGGUCGAUCUACGACAACCCCAACCUGAUCAAACCCAUUCCACUCAAACCAAAAGAGAGACAGCAGACAGCGGUACAGGACUUCGGGAGGCAGAGUCAGAGCCACAACCAGCAGGAUGGAGAGACGGAGUCCAAGCAUCUCUCAAUCGCAGCUCUGUUCGGAGGUCAGGCCAGAGCCAACUCUGUCUCCCCACAGCCCAGCUCUGGUGCAUGCAAAGCGGUUUCAGGGCGGCCAGCUGUGGUCCGCUCCCUGUCCUACAAUGACCCGUCUCCAACAGCAGGGGGCGCUGUGGUAUCCAGCAGCCCUAACCAGCAUUGCCCGGCCAUCCAGAAGCUGAUGAGCGGCCCUCGAGGGCCGGUGGUACCGCUGCAGCCCGUCUCGGAGUCUCCCGAAAACAGACUGUGCGAAAACGGGCCCGCACAGAGCCGACCUGAUCCCAUACAGAGACUCCUCCAGAACCCCCCUCAAUCCUCCCACACAGUCGCCUACACCUCCAUUCCUCCUCCUCCUCUCAUCCCUCAGCUGGUGGGAUUAGAGGCAGCGGCGUUCAGCGAGAGCCCGCCGAAAGCUCCGGCCUCAGCCCAGGGCCAGCUCCUCUUCUACAGCCCUUCAAAAGUGAUGGUGCCCACUGUUGCUCCACCAGCCACUGGCUCUAGCACCAGCGUGGGGCUGGGCGUGGUCUCCCCCCAUGAGCUUCUCCAGAAGCUGCAGCUGGUGCAGCAGGAGCAGAGUGGAGGGCAGGAGCACUCCCGGCCAAGCCUGGCACCCAGCUUCCACAAGGCCCCUCUACAGCACAGCCUGCCCACCAGCCAGAACACCACAGAACCUGCAAAGGUAAACUCGCCGCAGCGAAUCCCAGCCACAGUAGCGCCCACACUGCUGCUGUCGCCCAGCGUGUUCUCUCAGGCUAAGGGGCCCCGGACGGAGCCGGAGGAGCCACGAGUUCUCAGCCGCUCUCAGCUGCAGGCCAUACUGCUGCAUCUCAUCAGGAACGACGCAUCUUUCCUCGACACGAUCUAUCAAGCGUACGUCUCCUCCCUGGCCAAGGACUCGAGCUCUCCACCCUUCUGAAAGAGGAGCACUUCCUCCACGCGACGGCUCUUAGCCAACAAACUACACUUGCUUGUGUGAGCGCUGGAACCAGAGGUUUCCAUUCAGCUCCAGAACACAAAAUUCACAUGUAGCAUCGAUUUUCACUAUGCAGUCACGCCAUCAUGUCCCACACAGAGGGUUCAUGCAGCACCUCAGGGGUAAUUUUCGAAAACGGCAUGUUUACUUUAGAGACAUGACGUCGUUUGUAGCCAUAAAAGAAAUGCGGUGUUCUUCAUUUUUAAGUCGGUGAAAUGCCAAACAUGAUAAGUUCACCGGAUAAUUGUGAUGGAUUAUUCCCCAAAAGAGAUUUUAGAACAGAUUUUACUAUUUUGGGUUUUAUUGUGAUGUCUAAAUCUGCAGCUGGGGUUGUUUCUAAAUGUAUCCAACACAGUUCUUUGAAUUUUUGAUCGAUUUAUUUUAACUCCAAAACUAUUUUAACCUUUUCAUUCAUUUCAUGAGGACAUUUUUGGUCACUUACAAACAGAUGAAGAAAGCUGGCAUAGCAUUUAAUGAGUCACAGAUCCACGUGUUGCUGUCCUGCUGCUUACACAAGCAAAGCUAGUUUGAUAGAUUUGGUAAAAUGAUCUCAUAGACAUAUUUAAAGCAUAUUUUUUUUUCUAUUUUUCUAUGGAGAGUGCUCCCUGUUUUCAUAUUCCAAUUGGCUUCACUUUGAUACAUCGUUUUACAUUAAUUGGUGUUGUUUAGAACAUAUUUUACUACCAGCAUGGUUUAUGUUUUAAACAAAUGUAUCCACAAAUUAUUAAAAUAUCAUCCAAACACCCUA